AUGUUACGGCUUCUUUCUUUCUUUCUUUCUUUCUUUCUUUCUUUCCACGCUUCCGUAAUAUCUAACCCGCUUUUCCUUCCUUCCUGUCUGCCUUUUCCUUCCUUUUUCCUUCCUUCCUUCCUUCCUUCCUUCCUUCCUUCCUUCCUUCCUUCCUUCUUUUUCCUUUCUUUCCUUACUUCCUUCCUUCCUGCCUGCCUUUUUCCUUCCUUUUUCUUUCUUUCCUUUUUGCUUCAUCAUUCCUUCCUUCCUUCCUUUCUUUUCCCUUCCUUCCUUCCUUUUUCCUUCCUUCCUUUCUGCAUUUUCCUUCCUUUUUCCUUCCUUCUUUUUUCCUUCCUUCCUUCUUCCUUCCUUCCUUCCUGCCUUUUUCCUUCCUUUUUCCUUCCUUUCUUCCUUCAUUCUUUUUUCCUUCCCUUUUCCUUCCUCCGUUCCUUCCUUCCUUCUUUUUUUCCUUUCUUUUUCCUUCCUUCCGUCCUUCUUUCAUUCGUUCAUUCCUUCUUUUUUCAUUCCUCCCCUUUUCGAUCGUUCGUUCCUUCAUUCCUUUUUCGUUCGUUCCUUCUUUUUUCCUUCCAUUUUCCUUCCUUUCUUCAUUUUUCCUUCUUUCCUUCCUUCCAUUUUCCUUCCUUCCAUUUUCCUUCCUUCCUGCCUUCAUUCUUCCUUCCUUUAAAUAUCUAUCAGCUUGAUUCUUUAUUUGUCCCAUAUAUUUUUCUUUUUGUUUGUUACCGCUUUCUUUCUUUCUUUCUCUUCAUCCAUUCUUUCUUUCUUUUCAUUCAUUCUUUCUUUCUUUCUCUUCAUCCAUUCUUUCUUUCUUUUCAUUCAUUCAUUCUUUCUUUCUUUCUUUCUUUCUUUUCAUCCAUUCUUUCUUUCUUUUCAUCCUUUCUUUCUUUCUUUCGUUCUUUCUUUCUUUCUUUCUUUGCAUCCAUUCUUUCUUUCACUUCUCUUCUUUCUUGCUUUCUUUCUUUCUUUCUUUCUUUCUUUCUUUACUUAUCCUUUAUAUUUUUCUUUUUGCCUGUUACCUCUUUAUUAUUUCUUUCUUUCUUUUUUUCUUUCUUUCUUUCUUUUUUUCUUUCUUUCUUUCUUUUUUUUUCUUUCUAUCUUUGA